AUUCCAGAGCGUCUCAACGUCCUGUACGAGCGCAACUGGACUCGGCUGGUUCACGAGCAGUUGCGAAAGUUCGAGUCCUCCAUCGUGGCCGCCGCCAGGUCGGACGACCACGACGUUCAGCCACGCUGGACUUUCACCGGCGCGGUCAUAUACUGCAUCACGCUUAUUACUACUAUCGGUUACGGCAAUGUAUCCCCCCGUACUUCAGCGGGACGCGCGGCCACAGUGGCAUAUGCAGCUGCGGGGGUGCCCCUCACGCUGGCGUGCCUGGCUGGACUAGGGGCGUCCCUGGCAAGACUGGCCCGGGUGACGUGGAUCAGAGCUACGAAGAACAAGGUGCCGAACACCUGGCGGAAGGACACUGAGAUGGAGAACCAUUUCCAACUGCAUGAGCAGCAGCGUCUACUUCCGCAACCGGCGGAGAACAACCAGUACACCUCCUUCCCACCGCGCACCCUCAAGUCUCCGGGCACCGUGAGGGCGAAGGCCGGGGAGAAGGGCCAGUACUCGCAGGUCUUCGAGAAGAUACCUGCAAGCCCUAGAGCGGCGACGCUGGGAAGGAUAAAACGAAUACCGGAAGAACCCCACGCGUCAUCUUCAUUACAAACGCAAACGCUGGACCGAAAGAGAAAUGCUGCCUGCCUCGCGACAGUACACGGCCGAGGCAGAGGACGAGGCAGGGUCUACCGACCGCGAGGACCAGCUAUAGAACAGUUGAUAGCUGAGGAGUGCGGGGAGGCUUUCCUUAGCCGGUGUCAGGAGGAGUGUGAAGAUUCUGAAGAUAUGGACGAAAAUAUCUGUCCCCACGACACACCAUCACGGGUCCCACUCAUACACCACGAGGAGAAGAAACCAGUCCCAAGAGCAUCACCCCACAACCUGGAGCACUGCCACAUCCCCGCUGGCAUAGUCCUGUUUCUGUUGCUCGGGUAUAUCUGCGCGGGCGCAGUCAUCUUCUCCAUUUGGGAGAACUGGAGCUUUCUGGACGCGACUUACUUCUGCUUCAUCGCGUUAGCCACUAUAGGCUUCGGGGACUUCGUGCCAAGCCACUUCUUGACCAUGAAGAGCGAGAGCAAAAGCGAGUAUAUUCAGAUCGUUGCCUGCUGCGCGUAUCUGGUGUUUGGACUGAUCCUAAUAGCCAUGGCGUUCAGUCUGCUUCAGGAUGAGGUGGUGUCCAGAUGUUCGCAGUUAGCCAAUUCCCUGGGCCUGAGUCGACAAUGACAGUAUGAGAAGAGCGAAUGUAGCUCGACGGACAAUAUUAUGUUAUGAUUGUUAUAGUGACGUAACCGAUAUAUUUUCAAUCUAAAUCUGAUUUCAGACGGUUCAUUCUUUGUUAAUUGUCUUUCACUCCAAGUGAAGAAUGAACACCAAAUGAAACAUUAGUGAAUUAAUUCAAAAAUAAUUAUUCAUUUAAAUGAACAUUCACUCGACUGAACCGCCUGAUGUCAUCUAGCGAUGGUUUCUACGUAUUUGUAUUGGAACGGUUUGUAAAUAAUGUAUAAAGUUUAUCUAUAAAAGCAAGGCUGAAAUG